GAUCCUGAUCCUGCCACUGCUGCUGUUAUUGCGACUGCGGCUGCUUCUGCUGCUGCUGCAACUCUGGCGUGCGGCUGCAGUCCAUCGUCUGGAACAGCCAACACGAAGUUAUCCAGCCUGGCCACAGCCAAAGGAAUGCGGCAAGAAUCCCCGAGGUCACCGCAGCGAGGCUGAGCGUGGAAUUACAAGCCAAAUCCUCUGGGGAUUUACAAUGCAAGCAACCUUUCGAGGCUUCUUUUCUGCUUUGCUCCCACCCUGCUGUUGGAUUUGAGAUCAUGUCGGUUAAUAUUGUAGCUUUUGGCAAUGAAAGAGAUGGUUUUUCUGAGGACAGUCAGCAGCCCAGCCUGAUCUGGAGCUAUCUCGGGAGAAGUGCUCUCAUUUCUCAGAUCGACAGCAGCUUCUCUGCCAGUCAAGUUGGGAACCCAGUUUUUGCUGAGUAUCAAGCUUGCGUAUUUGGAAAUGUCAGACUGGUGGUAUACGACUGUGCUGUCUGGGAUAUAUUUGACAGUGACUGGUACACUUCCUGCAGGCUCAUUGGAGGAGCUGAUAUUAUUGUGAUUAAAUACUCUGUCAAUGACAAGACUUCAUUUCAAGAACUAAAGGACAACUAUGUGCCAACAGUAAAAAAAGCACUAAGUCACUGCUCAGUUCCAGUAAUAAUUUCUGCUAUUGGUGCAAGAAAAAACGGUAUGUAACCAACCUCCUGUAAUGACAGAUAAAAUCUCAAAUGGAAGUUUGGUAUAGUGUGAUUUCAGUAGAAGCUGGAUGUUUUUCCAUGCUGCAAACAGAAACAAUUAGUCUGUCAGGAUGACAAUAAUAUGCACAUGUAUUAGGGCUCUCUAGGCUGAUGUACUGGCAAGAACAUUGUUUUAAUUAACCCCAGUGAUGAAAGGCAAUUUAUCCUUCUUUGACCUCUGCAAUGACUCUUCUUGUCAUCAUACAUGGGGAUUAAAUCCAGUAAUUUGGAUUAAGCAACAUAUAUUUGGGUAUAAAGUAUCUCUAGUGUAUGAGAUUACAAUUACAUCCAACAGUCUGAAAACACUGGAGAGUGGGUGGGAAAAGACUUGAAAUUCUCUGGGACUUUUUUCCUAAGACAAUGAAUGAAAAACACAACCCUGACUUGUCUUUUACUUCAUGACACUUAACUGUAACAAGUGUUUCUGAGCAUCCCUCCUUUUAAUGAGUAAUGAUGGGUGUAGAUGCAAACAUUUAUUUUGUAAGGUACAUGGAAAUAUUAAUCCAUAUGAAGUAUAUCCUCUAUGGAUAGAAUGCUCAGUGUUGCCAAGGUUCUACUUAUAAAUCUCUUAGCUCAGUGACUGAUAAAUGACAGUUAAAGACCUCCAUAACACUUGAAUAUUUAUUUUCUUUCAUUUAGUAAUUCACUGAUCAUGACCAAAAGCUUUUAUGCUGUGACUUAUACAGGAUUAAUAAAUCUACCAUUCUAAAGGCAAGAUCUUGGUAAUUUGUCUUCCCCAAGCAUUUUCUUACACUUUGUAUUUAAGAAAAGGAAAUCACCAAACUCAGUGACUCCUCUAGUGUUUUGGUUUUUUUCUCUUU